AUGGUCGCCCUCGACGUCGAGGCCGUCUCGAGGAUGUCCCCCGGUCGCUUCUUCCGCGAUCACACGAGCGCGGUGAACGCCCUGGACUUUCAUCACACCGAGGACCAAAUGGUGACCACCGGGGAUGACGACGCGAUUCACGUCUACAACACCAACACCGGCGCGAAAACGAAGACGCUGUACAGCAAAAAGUACGGGUGCGCCAACGUCACGUUCACGCACAGCGCGGCGGCGGUGGUGUACUCGUCGCGCGCGAAGGGGAGCGGCGGCGCGGCGAUCGACGACCACGCGGUGAGGUAUCACUCGCUACACGACAACACGUACGUGCGGUACUUCAAGGGACACAGCGAUGCGGUGACGUCGAUCGCGAUGAGCGCGACGAAUGAUAAUUUCUUAACCGCGGGAGCGGAUUUGACCGUGCGAUUGUGGGAUUUGAGAACGCCAAAGUGCUGCGCGGCGAUUCCGCAGUGUCCGGCGAUCCCGUACGUGGCGUACGACGCCCAAGGUGAGGUGUUCGCGGUGACGGAGGGCGACGGGGCGAUCAAACUGUACGGGACCGGGAGCUAUAGUAAAGGGGCGUUCGCGCAGUUCGACGCAUUUCACGACAGGAACGGGCAGUAUCUGUUCAACCCAGAUGAGCCGCCGCCGGCGGUUUCGUGCGUCAAGUUUUCGUCAGACGGUAAACGCAUGCUCGUCGUGAGCGGGAACUUCAUCACGAUUCUUGACUCAUUCACGGGUGAACACACGAUGCGAAUUCGCGUGCCCGGAUCGGGGCAGCAGCAGCACGCGGUGACUCCCAUGGAGGCGAGUUUCUCGCCCGACGGCGAGUUCGUCGUGAGUGGAGGCGCCGACUCGCGGAUACACGUGUGGAGCUCGAACACCGGCUUCGCCGUCUCGCAGUGGCGAGCGCGCCACGCCGGAUUGCCGACGUGCGUCAAGUGGGCGCCAAACAUGAUGCUUGUCGCCAGCGGUUGCACUGAAGGUGGGACAGCGCUGUGGAUCUCUGACAAACAGCGUGCUUGA